AUGCGACCGAUCGAUAGUAGUAUACUUUAUACAGAAGAUGCUUUAGAAAAUAUAAAAGAAGAAAUUCCAACAUCAUUUACAAAUGUAACUUCUUCGCCUACAAAAUUUGAAGUUCGUCUUUGUACAACUUUACAAGCAGCUCAAUCAUUAGUUACUGAAAUGGAUGAAGAUCGUAUUGGUAUAUUAAAUUUUGCAUCUGCAAAAAAUCCUGGAGGAGGUUUUCUCCGAGGUUCUAGUGCUCAAGAAGAAUCAUUAGCUAGAUCAUCAUCACUUUAUUUAUCAAUCUCUCAAAAUAGAUUUUUUAAUGAAUUUUAUGGUUAUCAUCGACGUAAUAAAAAUGGUAUUUAUACUCAUCGUAUUAUUUAUUCACCACGAGUCAUCGUUCUCAAAGAUGAUAAUGGAAAAUUAUUAUCUUCUCCUUAUCAUGUUGGUAUUGUAACAGUUGCAGCUCCUAAUGCUAGUAUUGUUCAAGAUUCCGAAGCAAUUCGAUAUGCAAUGAAAGAACGUAUUAAACGUUUAUUAUAUGUAUUCGAAAUUAAUCAACAUGAUACCCUAGUAUUAGGAGCAUUUGGUUGUGGUGUUUUUAAAAAUAAUCCACUAGAAGUUGCGUUCAUUUUUCGACAACAUUUAGAAUCGAGUGAAUUUAAAAAUUCUUUCAAACGAAUUAUUUUUGCAAUUUUAAAUCCAGAAAUGUAUCGUGUGUUUCAACGAGUAUUUACUGCGACUGAUUUAACUGUUAUACAACAAGAAAUUGAAGAAAUAUAUUUAAAUAAUGGAGAUAAUCAGUAUCAACAGUAUAAAAAUGAUCAAAAGAAAAAUAAUAGUAACUAUCACAAUCAAGAAGAUGAUGGUGAUGACAACUGA